CUCCCUCCCUCCCUCACACCACACCCUCCAAGAAACAACUCAUCCCUUCAUGCUUCUGCCGUGACAAGGAUGUCCCCAAUUAUCAGUAUCAACCUAACUUUAUAUCCCUGGAGAACUUCACCACCCCCCGAAGCAGGCUAGUGGCUCCGAUUAGUGGAUGUUAGCGUUGACUAGCCUGAAGAAUUGCCAACUUGCCCAGAACCGACCAUUCCCGACCGGGUUGCGAUUCCCACUUGCCCACUUGCCCACCGCACCAUUGACUCGGGUCAGCCUGAUUGACCGAUCAUCAAUGAUUCACAGUCCACACCCCUCCCCCCCUGCUCGCCGGACUUGCUUUCUUCACCCGCACUGCCAUGCCAGCCCGGCACAUGGGUCUUGGAUUCGCCCUAAAACGUCUCCAUCCUGAACCCACUAUUUGUUCCAGCCGGUUGGUCGACUCCUUCUGAAGACUUCGAGUUUGAUUUCACCCGUUUC